AUGGGUUAUGAUAAGAUAAAUGGGAAGGUGAAUUCAGUCAUCUGGAGGAUAGACGGUAUUGGCUUCCUUCAGGAGAGAAUCCUGCCGACGUUCGCGGCCAGGAGCGGCUACGAGAUCACGGAGCAAAACACCACCAGAAUUGGUUUCAAAUUCAGACCAGACAGUGUACCGAAUUCGCCGUGCGUCUUGGUCCAGGCAACGAACGACAUACCGGACGGGACACUGGCCAGCAGCGACCGCGCUAUUAUGGACUUCGACAUUCUGCUGGACCCCCCUCUCGGCCUCUCCCCCUUCCGCCUCUGGAUCGUGUCCGACUUCCCGGACCAAUACAUCUUUGAGUUCGGCUGUCGGAACAGAACAAACAUCAUCGAUGGUGUAUGUUAUGAUCGCUGGUUCCUGGACAUCAUCUUCACCGAGGGGAAAUCCGACAACCCACCCAUGCAUAAAAUAGUCAAAGAAAUGGGACAAAAGUUUGGACUCAAAUUUGACGACCCGAGGAACACAUUCAUGUCAAUAGGAUAUGAAUGCCCUGGGGACAUAUUGUCGUAGUGAGGCCAUUUCGUCUAGAUUACACCUGAAAUGUUUGAAAUAGUAAAAUCUGGACUUUGUGUUGCCCUCUACCGUUUUUUU